GGAUCUUUUCCAGAUCUUUUCAGAUCCCUUGUCCCUUGAAUUGAAGAAAAAUAAAUCACGGCCUCGCCCCCUUUUUGAGCUACUCCCCUCCUCCAACCGCUCCAACGAGUCAAAGUCAAAGUAAACAAUUCUCGGCUGAUACAGCAGCAACACAAUACAUUUUUUUAUUAUUAUUUUGUUUUGUUGCCUUUCUCAUUGUUUCCUUAACGGUUUCAAAUAUCAAAGAAAAAUUCAUUCUUUCAAAAUUCUCUCGUUUUACUCGGACUGAAAUUUUAUUAAUCUCCACUUUUAAAUCACCAUCAUGCCUGCCGCUCAGCUCUUCCAUCACCAUCUCCGUUAUCUCCAAGUUCCCCCGGGUCCUGCAAAAAGGCAGAGACGAUGAUUUCCUGGACAUUUUUUCCAAUGGCAAGGCUUCGUGAACACCUUUUCACUGAGAGAAAUGAUGCUCUUGGCACUAUCCAUUCGCGGCCACUACAAAAAUCUUUUCAGUGAGGCUGGGUACACCUUGAGGAAAAUAAUCUUGGACUACUACUAUAUGAACGCAGACGAAUGCCAUAUAGUCGACUUCCCAACAUCAGUCAUCCCAGUAUUCCCAGUCGACCAAGAUUUCUCGUCAGAAACCCGGGCCAUCAUCGCCGAGGGAAAGUUCGAAGAACUGAAUGGAAACAUUUUGGCCAUACUGCUUGCAGUUUCUGGGCAUGAUGUUGAUUUGAAGGCUGACACGCCCAAAAUCACUCUCGUGAGAAUUUGCUCCUCCCGCUUCGUCACCUGCUCGUCCGAAGCCCAUCUCGACACUCCGGCUGAAAUUGCGGUGGCCAAGCAACUACCAAAAAAAACUUCCAGCAUAUUGUGUCGGACCUGACACAACACUUUGAUUCGACUAUCAAUAAACUCGAACACGACCUUAUCAGAGAAGCUCGAGAAAGACGCGUCCGUGCUGAAAAGAGGGUGGCUCUCGCAAGGGAAGAGUUAGAGGAAGAAAGAGAGAACGAGGAACUGUUAGCCGAGAUCUUCGAGACGAACAAAGAUCAAUCAAAGCGAAGUGCUGAUCAAGUACAACCGUCACCUCUCUGAUAUCCAUCUAUAUUUUCAUCUAUAUAUAAAAACAACUAACAACCCAUGCAUUUAAGUUUCUAUUGCCAACUUCCCAGUUUGUAUGCAGCUGCAAACAUAGCAAAACCGAUUUUCUUUUGUGUCACUGUUCUUUUACUUUAAAAAAACUAUUCAGAAAAAUAAUAAUAAUAAUCAUUAUUCACCUAAAUCGUUCAAACUACGUGAAAUGAAACAACAUUUACGUUG